AUGAAAAGGAGCCACGAGGAAGUCUCGGAAGAUGUCUUUGUGUACCACGAAAACACAGACCUUUCCUCCAUUCCAACAGAUAUAACCGGCCUGAGAAUUGAUGACUCUGUCAAGAAGAUUCCACCCGACACGUUUGAAGGACGAGAACAAUUGGUCAAUGUGGAGUACCCAGAGGGAUUGGAAGUCAUUGGAGGUCAAGCUUUUCAAAAUUGCACCCUUCUUGAGGAGCAACACUUUCCGUCGACUCUUGUCGAGAUUGGUCCAGAUGCCUUCAAUGGUUGCUAUGAGUUCAAAGUCGUGGGAAGCUUUCCAGUGAACCUUCAAUGCGAAAAGCUACAAAGCAUCGAAAUCCUUACUGGCGCAUCUUGCCUGAAGUCUGCGUUCGCCGCUUGUACAAGUUUGACACAUGCUAGGCUUCCUCUUGGAAUGGUGACGAUAUCUCCGCUUUUGUUUCGAUAUUGCAACUCGCUGUUUGAUGUGAAUGUACCUUCUUCGGUAAUCGAGAUUGGAGUUGGGGCAUUCGAUAGUUGCCAAAGCCUUGCAUUGAUCGAAUUGCCCAUCGGAUUGAAGCUAGUUGGACACCGUGCUUUUUCCAGAACUGGAUUGAAAUGCUUUCAUUUCCCUUCGACAGUGGAAGCUAUAGGCAGCGACGUUCUAUCGGAUUGUGAAGAGCUCGAAUCUGCAACGCUUCCAUCCAAGCUAAAAGCUAUCCCAAAUGAAGCUUUCCAAGCCUGCUCCGCAUUGAAAAAUAUCACCAUUCCAAUAUCGGUUGUCACAAUUGGAAUUGGGGCUUUUGUAAACUCUGGGUUGACUCAUUUAGACCUUUCAAAAUGCAAUUUGACUAAAAUUGAAAGGGCGGCCCUUGCUUUCUGUUCUCAACUGAAGACCAUACUUCUUCCACGAACAAAUCUGGAAUUCAUUGAUGAGGAGACCUUCAAAGGCUGUUCUUCCUUGACGCAUCUGAGGAUCCCGCCAACUGUCGAUUGCAUUGAAGGUGGUGCAUUUGCUGAUUGUACCUCGUUGCUGUCGGUGGAGGUGCCCGAAACGUUGGAGGACGUUACAUUGAUUGUCUAUAAUGAAGAAGAAGGCUACCUAGGUGGGUACAAUCCUCUCGUCAACUUUUGUCUUCCUCCAUCAGAAGCACUAGGUGAUCUUGAAGAUUACAACUUCAUGAAUGACAUGAAGUUACGAGAAGCUGCGAAUGAUUGUCUAGAUCUGGUCAACAAGCUGGAACAUAGAUUCGACGGUCUUCCACUCCACCGUGCUUGCUAUUUUCAGAACUAUCAUACACUAGAAGAUAAUAUUGAUAGCAUUCAGAACAUUGUCAAUGCCGAUCCAGCUGCUUGCAGCAUGUGGAUUUCUGUGGGAUGA